UGGGACAAAGAAGGUGUCGUUGUAGUGUUGUGAGAAGUCCUUGGACGUGAGAUGAAUUUUCGUUCCCACAUUUUUUCAGAUCGGCCUACCUUUUUGAAAAAGUUCUAGUGGGUUAUAGCAUCAUUUACAAACUACACUGAGUCGUGUAUGAAUGCAGUUUGGAGAAAUGGGAGCUGAUAAAAGGAUUAGUCGGACAGAACGUAGCGGUAGAUAUGGCUCUGACCAGUCCCGUGAUGAAUCAGAAUGGCGUGACAGACGGGAGAGAGACCCAGAGCGUGAUCACAACAUGCGUCGCUGGGGAGAAGAGAGACGCAGUGAUCGCUUUGAAGGAGAUCGUCGAGCAUCAAGGGACAGUCCAGAGCAAAGAGAAAGGAAAAGGCGAAACAGUGAUAGAUCAGAAGAUGGUUAUCACUCUGAUGGCGACUACCCAGAGCAAGAUUACAGAAGGGAUUCUGGGGAGGAGAAGAAGAGCAAGACUAUCAUGCUCUGGGGUCUGCAGCCUCAUGUCACUGAAGACGAUAUAUGUUUUGCCAUUGACCAACUGGAGGGGCCACAGCCAGUGGAUGUCAGGAUGAUGAAGAAGAAAACAGGUAUAAGCCGUGGUUUCGCCUUCGUGGACUUUUAUCACUUGCAAGAUGCUACACGAUGGAUGGAGACCAAUCAGAAACGCCUGACGAUCCAAGGCAAAAGCGUGGACAUGCACUACAGUCACCCCAGAAACAAGUAUGAAGACUGGCUCUGCAACACUUGUGGCCUGUACAAUUUCCGGAGGAGGCUGAAGUGCUUCAGGUGUGGAGCAGCCAAAGCCGAAAGUGAAACCGGCAAUAAUACUGGAGCCUCUGAAACUCAACCCACUGGAGAUUUCUAUGGCGACACAAUCAUCUUGAGAAAUAUUGCUCCUCUGACCACCGUCGAAGCCAUCUUGACAUCCCUGGCACCAUAUGCUAAUCUUUCUUCAAACAACAUCCGCCUUAUAAAGGACAAGCAGACAGGCCAGAACAGAGGUUUUGCCUUCGUACAGCUGUCCUCUCCUCUGGAGGCCUCUCAGCUGCUAACCAUCUUACAAGGACUGCAGCCGCCUCUUAAACUCGAUGGAAAAACAAUUGGGGUGGAUUAUGCUAAGAGUGCUAGAAAAGACCUUUUACUACCUGACGGGAAUCGUGUCAGUGCCUUCUCUGUUGCCAGCACAGCCAUUGCUGCAGCCCAGUGGUCCUCAAGUCAGCCACAGCAGAGCUCCGAUGGAAUGUCAGAGUACAGCUACCUACAAGAGGGCUAUGCUCCACUGUCACAGGAUUAUCAGACGUACUACCAGCAAGGAGCAGGAGCCAGCACCUCCCAGGGGAAUGGGAUUCUAGGAGCUGCCCCGGCUGGUGUAAAGCUUGUACCAACUGCAGCUGGAGUAGUAAUUGCGCAGGGUGCUCAAGUCUACCAGCCUCAUAUAAUUGGGCAGCCAGCUGUUCAGGCUUUGUCAUUUGCUCAACAAUUGGAGGCAAAAGCCCACACAGGACUUCUUCCAAGCAUUGAUGCUGCGACUGUGCCUGUUGGCCUCAUAGCUGCUGCCACGGUUACCGCUGCCAGUACAUUCGCAGCCUCAGGACAAACAGCUGACACCGGCACUGCUCCAGAUACGUCCACCUAUCAAUACGAUGAGUCCUCCGGCUACUAUUACGAUCCCCAGACCGGCCUCUACUAUGAUCCAAACUCUCAGUAUUACUACAACUCCCAGACCCAGCAGUAUCUCUACUGGGACAGUGAGAAGCAGACAUACGUUCCCGCCGCAACUGACGCAAGUUUUGGACAAAAUGAUGCAUCGGCACCAGGCAGCAAAGAAUCUAAAGAGGGCAAGGAGAAAAAGGAAAAGCCCAAAAGCAAAACGGCUCAGCAGAUUGCUAAAGACAUGGAACGCUGGGCUAAAAGUCUCAACAAACAAAAAGAGAACUUCAAGAGUAGCUUUCAGCCGAUUAGUCAAGAAGAGAGGAAGGAGGCAGCAGCUGCUGACGCUGGCUUCAUACUGUUUGAGAAGAAGCAGGCGGGAUGUCUAGACAGACUCAUGCCAGAGUUGCCAAGAGGCCCUGAGGAGGAGCCACCAACCAGCUCAGUCAACACUUCUAAGUGUGGCCUUGUGGCAGCCUACAGUGGAGACAGUGACCCGGAGGAAGGGGCAGCAGAGUCUGAUGGUGGAGGAGGCACAGACAAGCUGACAGACUGGGAAAAGAUGGCCUGCUUGCUGUGUAGGAGACAAUUUCCCAACAAAGAGGGUCUGAUUCGACACCAGCAACUCUCAGAUCUCCACAAGAAAAACCUGGAGGUUCUCCAAAGAUCCAAAAUGACCGAAGCAGAGCUGGAAGAGUGGGAGAGAAAAGAAAGCGAGUUGAAAUAUAGAGACCGUGCAGCUGAGAGGAGAGAAAAAUAUGGCAUCCCUGAACCCCCAGCCCCCAAAAAGAAGAAGUUUGCUCAACCCACGCCUGUCGUAAACUAUGAACAGCCCACUAAAGACGGCCUCAACAGUGACAACAUUGGGAAUAAAAUGCUGCAGGCCAUGGGUUGGAAGGAGGGUAAAGGUCUCGGCCGCAACCAACAGGGCAUCACUACACCAAUUGAGGCUCAGUUGAGAACAAAGGGAGCUGGACUUGGCACUAAAGGCACCAACUACACUCUCUCUGCUUCAGACACGUACAAAGAUGCAGUGCGUAAAGCCAUGUUUGCACGCUUCACUGAAUUGGAAUGAGCCGUUAGUCUUGGGCUCACAUGAUUUAUCAUCAUAGCCUUCAAUUGAUUUGUUUCUUUUUGAUGUGGAACUCUACCAUAUCUGCAUCAACAAAGAAAAGUGAAUGAGUAUGGCAGGAAAAGAGGUUCUCCUCAAUGAUUUCACUCUGUUUGAUGCCUUUUAUCAGAAUGGUAAUAGCAAUAGAAAAAAAUCUGUAAUGGUGGGAUAUUAAGAUGGUGAAGAAUAUAAUUUAUAAGUUGUACAUAGGCAAAGUAAAUUCACUUCCCUCGGUUACAUGUUUCUUUUAUGUUAAUGCCAUUUUUUUUUGUCUCAGCAUGUUAAAGAUUGUACAGUUUAUACAAAAAUCUUGUCUGUUUGUACAGAAAAUAAAUGACAUACAUGAUUAA